AUGGUGAAGGAUAACUUACUAUUCAAAUUAGACAAUUUAGAAUAUCAAUAUCAUUAUUUAACAAACUCAUUAAAUUCAUUUGAACCAAGAUUUGUUCAAACAAGAAUCCAUUAUAAUUCGAAAGGUAAGAAGAAUGCUAAAAAGAUUGCCAAAAUUUUGAAUGAGAUUACGCUAGAUGAUGUGGAAUUACAAAUGGAUCAAAUUAAAUUGGAAGUAUUUAAUAAAAAGAUUCAUCAUUUUGAGAAAAAAUUUUCUAAAUUUUUCAAUAAGUUUUUAACGACGAGUUCCAAAUCUAGUGUUUGGAAGAAGAAGAAAUUGGAUGUUGUAUUGGACGAUGUGAAGAAAAAUUAUGAUUUGGAUCUUUUUAUCAAAUUGAUUUGUAUGUCCAAAAGCAUCAAAAUUUCAAUAAAUAAACUCAAGUUUGCACAAAAGAAGAAGAAUCUAAAGGUUUCAAACGAUGAGGGCAAGCAAACAUUGGUUCCUAAAUGGUUCACAUUACAUUCUUAUUGGAUAAUUAAUCAAGAUAAAUCAAAUGAAUUUAAUCCCAGUAGAAUAUGGAAUGAAGUGGUGAUGAAUAUUAAAAAUUGUGAUAGUUUAAUUAGUUUAGUGAUGAAUGAUAAAGAAUGUAAAGAAAUUAUUGAAAAUUUUGAAAACGGGUUAGAUUUCUUCUUAGGAAUCAAUAAACAGAACAGAUUAAAACAGAAACAAGAACAGGAACAAGAACAAGAACAAGAACAGGAAAAAUCUAAGAAAAGUACAAAGGAUGAAAAUGAAUCAGUUUCAGACAAUAGUGUUAAUGAGAGGGAAGAUGAGGAGGAGGAUGAAAGUGGAAGUGAAAUUGACAAUCAAGAUCAUGCCGAUAUUGAUGAAGAAGAACUUGCGAGACAUUAUGAAGGUUUACUUGCCGCAUCAUCAGAUGAAGAAGAAGAAGAAGGUAAUGCUGUUGAAGAUACUCUUGAUACCACUAUAAAUUAUAAUGAAGUUACAGAUGAAGAACCAAGUUCGGAUGAAGAUGAAGACACUAGUGACGAACCAUCAAGAAAGAAGGCAAAGAAAAAUGUUGUUAAGUUACCUGAAUUAAUGGCAGGUUAUUAUAGUGGUGGUGAAUCCAGUGAAGAUGAAAAGAGAGAAGAUAGAGUUGCUAAAGAACAAAUGUCAAAUAAACCACAAAGGAAAAAUAGACGUGGUCAACGUGCUAGACGUAAGAUAUGGGAGCAGAAGUACGGUUCUGGUGCUAAACAUAUUCAAAAAGAAGUGGAAGCAAAAGUUGCGGAAAGGCAAAAAAGGCAAGAAGAAUAUGAAGAAAGAGCUGCUAAACGUGCAGCAAAGGCAGAAGCUUAUGAAAAGGUAAUGGAAGAAAAAAGGUUACGUAAUAGAGAUAAUGGUUGGGCUGCUCGUGAUAGUGCAGUUGCCAAGAUAAAGAAGACUACGCCAAUGCUAGAGAAACCACCAUUAGAAGAACAUCCUUCAUGGGUUGCUAAAAAACUUGCUGAAGAGAAACAAAAAAAUGCUAAAUUUGCAGGUAAAAAAAUCACAUUUGAUUGA